UUAAAUAGUUACAAGUGCAACACUUUUCAUGUUGUUUACGUCAAAUGAAAGGCGUCUUUCUUGCCUAGAUGUAUGUGCAUCUGUGUUAUCUGUGAAAUCAAAUUGAAAUGGACAAUGAUAUGCUUUUCAACAGCUCUAAUUCUGCUUCAGUCAAGAGACAAAGACUAUAUCAUUUUUUGCUACAAGUUAACUGGAGAUCGUGUGUGUCUGGUAUAAUUGUUGGCAGUUCGUUAUCUGUACUGCUAAGUUUAUCUUUAUUUUUGAUCAUUGCACCAUACUUGAACGACAAACCAGAAGCGGAAAGUCCAUUAGCUGAUUCAUUAAAAUAUGGUGAUGGCAUAAAUAUAAGAUUUAGUGCCUGGCAAUGGGGAUCGUGUUCCAAGACAUGUGGUGUUGGUGUACAGGAAGGGAUCAGAACCAGUAUAUGUCCACAGAAUGUUCAAUGUGUAGAUAAUGAAACUGAGAUUUUACGAAGACAUUGUUUUAGUGAACACUGUUCCGUUGAUGGUAAAUGGAGUGUUUGGAUGCAGGAACCAUGUAGUGUCACGUGUGGUGUUGGUACCCGUCUACGUCAUCGGCAAUGUUCUAAUCCACAUCCUCAAUAUGGCGGACAAAACUGCGCAGGAAAAAGUAUUGAUCACAUAAAUUGCUCAUCAUCCAGCUGUUGUCCAGGAUUGGCAGAUGAUUCUCUUAUGAACUGCGCCGGAGGCUGGAUGCGACGUGACGACUUUGAUGCAUGCUUUUGUUUUAGUAGACAACGUUUGUCAUGGAAUAGUGCACAGGCACAAUGCAAAAUGCAGAGUGGAUCACUUGCAGAUAUUUAUUCAGAAAAUGAAGCAGUAUGGCUGGCUGAUUACAGUCGUUUGCAUACAGUAACGAGUGUAUGGAUUGGCGGGAAAAGAAAUCGGUACAGAUACAUGUGGUUUACUUCCGGUGGAAAUGCCAAAACUAUGAACUACACAAGAUGGGCACCUGGAGAACCGAAAUUUUAUGAUCCAGGAAAUAGUAAUUUUAUUUGUGUUAACCUAUGGCCUAAACACCAAUAUAAAUGGGAUGAUUUCGACUGUAAUAAGAAACUGAAUUUCAUAUGCAAGACAUAUUUAUGAAACUAUUUUUGCUAUUAAUGUUGAUCAUUCUAUUCUACCUUUAUCAAUAUUUGUAUACAGCAUUAACCUGAUGUCAACAAUUAAAAACCGUUGUUAAGGUGGUACCUAACACUUGAACUAAAAUUAAUUUGGCUCGUUUAAUUUUCUUAAAAUUUUGACAAAGUAUUUACUUUGACCCUUUGACAAAAAUAUAAAAAAUUAAAGAAUUUUGAACCAACCGUUUGAUCAGAAAAAUUACACUGGUUAUAUAGCAGUUUGACAAACACUUAUUUUGAUCAUUGAGAAGCUUAAUAUCCCUUUAACAACACAACGUAAUUAAAACGUUUAGCUGAUUUUACAGAGUUAUCUCCCUGUAGUGUUAGGUACCACCUUAAACAACAGAACAUAAUAAAUUGCGGCCAUAUAAAAGUAUUGACUGAUUGAUUGUUGUUUGCUUAACGUCGGCCAGUGGCAAACAUGUUCAGGACGACCACAUCUAAAUUACUGUGCAUUCAUCAUUAUUCGUUGGAUUCCAAUUGUCAUUGGUUUCGUUGGUACAGUCGAACAAAUCACAUAAUUUCAAUAGAAUUUGUAUACAGAGAUUGGCAAAACCACAAAAUCAAAUAUUCACGAAAAUGUACAUUUUCAUCAAUCCACGAAAAUUGAUACACACGAAAAUAAAUGAAUCCACAGUAUAAAAGUAACUCACUUUCACGAUUCAAGGAUUUCCAUUGUUUAUUAUAGCAUGGUUUAGAAGUAUAUUUACAUCAACAGAAUUGAUCGAACUAAAAAAAUCUGUUUCAACAGUUCAUGACAAUUGUGAUGAAACAUAUUACAAAUCCCACAAAAAGUAGAUGCAAAAUAAUGAAAUCAUUGUAAAAAAAAAAGAAAAAUGACCAAUUUCACAUUUUCACCUCGGUUUAUUUCACUUUUCAAAAAUUCAAACUUGUGUAAACAGUUAAUUUAUAAAUAUGACCAUAUCAAUGAUAAUUAGUGUCAGCACAAAAGUGCUGACUUCUGGGCUGGUGAUAUCUUCGGGGAAUUAAAAAGUCACCUAUAUACUGUUUAAUAAAGAUUUUAAGCCGAUUUCAGCCAAUUUGGAAAAUAUCUAUUUUGUAUUUAUCCGACUUUGUCUUAAAAAAAACAUAUACGUCCACGUACGUCUUCGGGAUAUUAACUAAUAAAAUUACCAGUUUUUAUUAUAAAUAUGAUUUUGUCUCGGGGUUUUAAAAACCACUAAUUGAAGAAUGUUUUGUAUAAUUUCUGUUGUACUAACCGUCAAUGAUAAUUUGUAAUCAGCACUUUUUGUGCCGACAUGAAUUAUCAUUCAUAUGGUUAUAUUUAUAAAUGAACUGUUUACAAA